AUGUCAGUUCCUCCCUAUCUUCACCAGCACUAUGUGUGGGCGUGCCAAAACUUGGGCCAACCUGGAAACCCUUUCAUUGCUCAUGUGCUUCAAGAAGCUGAUAAAAAUGAUAAAAGUGGAUGGACAGAAGGGAUCACACUAAAAAUAGCUGGAAACAAUCAUCUGGUGCCCGUGCAGAGAGUUACAGAUGAUGAUCUUCAAGUUCUUGCCUCUGUCUUACGCAAUGCUGUGUUUGUCACAGGUUUGGAUCUUAGGUGUAAUGUGUUGACUGAUGCUGGAGCAAACCACAUGGCAAGAUUCCUCCAGGAAAACUCCACUCUGCGGUAUCUUAACCUGAUGUUUAAUGAUAUUGGCACAAGUGGAGCAGAGCUGAUAGCAAGAGCCCUCCAUAGGAAUGAAACUCUUGUGUGUUUGAGAAUGACUGGAAACAAAAUAGGAAACAAAGGUGGGAUGUUCUUUGCUUCAAUGCUACAGAUUAAUUCAACCUUAGAGAAGCUGGAUCUUGGAGAUUGCGAUAUGGGUACGCAGUGUCUAACAGCAAUAGCAACAGCCCUGACUGAGAACAGAUCAGUCACAGCAAUCAACCUAAACCGCCCUUUGCUGUACAGCCAGCAGGAAGAGACCACAGUUCACAUUGCUCUGAUGUUGAAAAACAACUCUUCCCUUGUGGAACUACACUUGCGCAAGCACGAGAUGAAAAACUUUGGUGUAGAGCAACUGUGUGAGGCAUUGUAUGAAAACUCCUGCCUGAGAUACCUUGAUCUUGGCUGUAAUAAAAUAACCCGUGACGGUGUAAAAUUUCUGGGAGAACUACUAAAACGGAAUCAAACCCUGGAAAUCCUAGAUCUUAACACAAACCGAAUAGAAGAUGAUGGAGCCAUCUACCUGAGUGAAGCCUUGGCUUCGUGCAACAGCACUCUUCAGGCGUUGUCAGUAGUGAGCAACAAUAUAAGUGGCAAAGGACUUGUAGCUCUUUCAGACGCAAUGAAAACAAACAUGAAGCUUUCCUGUAUUUACAUUUGGGGGAACAAAUUUGAUGAAGCCACCUGCAUGGCAUUUUCAGAAUUAAUUCAGACGGGCCGCCUGAAGCCUGACCGCACAGAUGUGGAACCGUAUGAGGUGGAUGGGCGUGUUCACCUUGCAGAGCUCUCCCACAGCCUGCCGAAGCAUUACUGGACACCAGGUUGCGGGGAGCUGAUGGACAAAGAUGCUAAUGCCAGCCUGGCAAUUGCCAGGGUUUCAGAACGCUUGUGA